AUGCUCGGAAUGCCAUGGAACAAAGCCAAAGAUUCGCUGAGCGUCCUGUUUCCAAAGGCUGGAGGCAAGACAACAACAAAAAGAGAAAUCCUCAGUAGACUCGCAAAGAUAUAUGACCCGUUGGGCAUUGCGUCUCCCCUCACCUUGCAAGGGAAACUGAUCUAUCGCGAGACCUGUGACGCCAAGUUACCAUGGGAUGCCGAACUCGAAGGUAGCCUACGAAAGCGAUGGUUGUCGUGGGAACAAUCAACGCCCUCAUCUGUGACGGUACCACGACCGAUAGCUCCAUACCAGGAACACAUCAACAAAAUUUGUCUUCAUGCUUUUGGAGACGCGAGUGGCCAGGGAGUCUCUGCUGCUGUUUACGGAGUGAGUAAACAAGUUUCGGGUGAAACACAGAUGCUCGUCGCAGCCAAAUCUCGUCUCGCGAAGAGGGGUCUUACCAUUCCCAGACUUGAACUCAUCGCGGGACACAUGGCCGUUAAUUUAAUCACAAAUGUCGCUAAAGCUAUCGGGGAGGACAAAGUUAUCGAACAGCAUUGUUGGUUGGACAGCACCGUGGCCCUUUACUGGAUUGAAGGAGCAGGAGAGUAUCGGCAAUUCGUUGCAAAUCGCGUUGCAAAGGUUCGUGCGCACACCUCUGUCGAAUGGCAUCAUGUUCCCACAGAUCAGAAUCCUGCAGAUCUUGGAAGCAGAGGAGGCCAGUUGACGGAGUUGUGGUUGAACGGUCCACGAUGGUUAGGAAACCCAGAAAAGUGGCCAGAAAGUCCAAUCAUCCAACCAUCUAAAGAAUCACAAGCUGAGGCAAAGAUUGUCCGUGAGGUCCUGUGCGCAGCCCAGACAAACGCAGAGAGCAAUGAUUUGGAUCUUGUCCUCGAGAGAAACGAACUGCGUCGAACAUUGAGAGUCACUUCGUGGGUGCUACGAUUCGUUCACAAUUGCAGGAACGUACCGAGAGAAACGAAACGGGCCCCUUAG